CUUCAAAAUCUUACCCUUCCAAUUUUAAUUUUUCGUCCUAAGUUUAAGGUAGGGGUCUGACCCCCGACUUAAAGGUUAAGAAGCUCUUAAACACGAAGCAGAUCCUUUCUCCAACGACGAAGGAAAAAACGCGCCCACAAGUCUGUAUGUGUGAUGUGAAGAUCUAUCCUCUAUCUUCCACUUUUUUUUUAGCUCCGACACAUCAUUCCACAUAUAUGAUGCCCAAAGGAAAACAACUCGCAGCAGAACAAAAACAGGACAGCGGUCAGGCCGACACUGCUACUACCAAAAGAAAAAGACAUCGAACAGUAAACUGGGAGAAUGACCUUGGCAGUGACCAGCGUAAUGCCAAUGACCAUUUGAUCGACUGGCUGGGUAUGCCCGACUCAGACGGGACUUUGAUGUUCUAUAGGUGGAAAUCAGACAAUGUGACGGGAAAAACCAGAGAGCAUUGGAGUAAAGUGGCUUUGGAGUAUCUCGUCCAGAAGGGGUGCGCCUCUAAUCGCGACGUGCAGUCUGUUUUGAGGCAGAUUAAGAAAAUGUGGGGCACGUUCAAGAAUACGAGUGAUGAGAUCAACAAGACAGAUUCGGAGGGGCCUAAUGGUAAUUAUGCCAUCCGCAUUUGCCCUUGGUACAGUGAGCUCAUGCCAAUCAUGUCACACUCGGCCGCUGCCAUGGUUGGACCUGGGCGUUCGACUUUGGAUGAAGGUGAGGACAAAGAUCGUGAGAGGCUGAGGAAAAGGAUCAGGCAUGCGAAGGAAGAGGAGCGCGAGGACGAUGAUAAUGGCCAGUGCGAUACUGGCCUGGAACAAUUUGGGCUUGAUGAGACCGCAGAUACCGCAGAUGCAACGCCCUCACGCCCUUCUUCAUCGGUAUGCACCCAGGCCCUUGUCCCUAUCCCAUUUUCCACCCGUCCCGAUCACUCUAAGGUUAUCGCGGACACGGCAUCUGCUUCAAGUUCUGUCGCUCCUUCUCUUCCCACUCCUCGGACUGUCUUUGAAUCUCGUGGAUCUCCUUACGACGCUCCUUCUGGCCUUCUCACUCCAGACAGUCAAGGAACUGCAGAGCGCAAUUCUCAUCCUCGCGCUACGCAACGAAUGCUCUCUGUAAAUGAGAAAGCCGAGGCAUGCAGCGCCGAGGACCAGCUCCAACGGCUCGUUGAGGCAAGCGAGGUGAACUGGGAGAGGAGGCACAGGGAUAUGCUUCUCUUACAAGAAGAGGAGAAUGCGAUCCUCAAGGACAUUAUUGCUGCUGAGGAAAAGAAAGCUGCCACGGCGGUUAAAAGGCUCGAUUUCGAGAUGUGGAAGGAGUUUUUGGCGCUCCACAGAGCGGAGGGAGCCUCGUACGAGAAGGCCAAAAAGAGGGCAAUGGACGAUGUCAAAGAAUGGAAUGAUAAACAUGGGCGAAUGUAAAGGUUGGCGCGGUUGUUAUCAAGGAAAUAAAAUAUGCAUCAGUUCAU